UUUCCCAGUAAUCAUUUCCAUCACAUGGAAUCAAGGAACAAGACACAAAUUUCAGAAUUUCUCCUUCUGGGACUUUCAGAGGAGCCAGCAUUGCAGCCCCUUAUAUUUGGGCUUUUCCUCUUCAUGUACCUGAUAACUGUGAUUGGAAACCUGCUCAUCAUCCUGGCCGUCAGCUCAGACCCCCACCUUUACACCCCGAUGUACUUCUUCCUCUCUAACUUGUCUUUUGUAGACAUCUGUUUUACAUCCACCACCAUCCCAAAGAUGCUGUGGAACAUCCAGACACAGAGCAAAGUCAUCACCUAUGAAGGCUGCAUUGUCCAGGUGUAUUUUUAUUUACUCUUUGCAGCAUUAGAUGACUUUCUUCUGACCGUGAUGGCCUAUGACCGGUAUGUGGCUAUCUGUCACCCCCUGCACUACACAGUCAUCAUGCACCCCCGGCUCUGUGGACUGCUGGUGCUGGUGUCCUGGAUCUUGAGUGCCCUCUUUCCCCUGUUACACAGCUUAACGGUGUUGCGACUGUCCUUCUGCUCAGACUUGGAAAUCCACCACUUUUUCUGUGAAAUCACAUGGCUGAUCAGACUGGCCUGUUCUGACCCCUUUCUCAAUAACAUGAUAAUGUAUUUUGGAUCUGUAAUUCUCGGGGGUGUUCCCCUGGCUGGUAUCCUUUACUCUUACACUAAGAUAGUGUUCUCUAUCUGUGGAAUCUCAUCAGCUCAGGGGCAGUAUAAAGCAUUCUCCACCUGUGCAUCUCACCUCUCAGUUGUCUCCUUAUUUUAUUGUUCAGCCUUAGGAGUGUAUCUUAGCUUCACUGCUACCCACAGCUCGCACAUGAGUGCUAUAGUAUCGGUGAUGUACACUGUGGUCACACCCAUGCUGAAUCCCUUCAUCUAUAGUCUGAGAAAUAAAGACAUAAAAAUGGCUCUGAAAAGAUUCUUUGGGAUGGAAAUGUUUGUAAAAGGGCCAUUUGCCCUUGGACUGAAAAACUGCCCAUGA